CCCUUCUAGACCGGCAGGCCGACAUGGUACUCACCGCACUCCAGAUGACACCCAAACGGAACCAGCUGAUCGAGUUCUCUAUGCCUUACCUGGAGACUGGUACAACAAUCGUCGUGUCCCUUCGGAAGGGCGCCAUCUCUCCUACCGCCGUCCUAGAGCCGUAUGACUACCCGUCCUGGUGUCUCAUCCUUGUGUUCAGCGUACACUCCAUUGGGGCGUCCAUCUUUAUAUUCGAAUGGCUGAGUCCGUGGGGACUAGAUCAAGGCAACACACCUAUGCGAGAGCAUGCGUUCUCCCUGUUCCGUUCCUUCUGGUUGAUAUGGGCCAUGCUGUUUGGAGCGUCCGUCUCGGCUGACAAUCCACGAGGGUGCGCUAGCCGUUUCCUGGCCAACGUGUGGGCACUGUUCGCCCUGGUUUUCCUGGCAAGUUACACAGCUAACUUGGCCGCUUUUAUGAUCACCAAGGAAGUCUACUAUGACCUGUCAGGCAUCAAAGACUGGAGGUUAACGAAUCCACACAGCCACAAACCGCCCUUCAAGUUCGCCACCGUCCCUAAUGGGAGUACAGAGGAAAACCUGAGACAGAAUCACCCAGAAAUGUUCAGCUACAUGAAAAAGUACAACCAGCCGUCAGUUCGGGAAGCCGUGAAAGCCUUGAAAAAAGGGUCAGUGACGCUAGUUAAUGGCUGUCCCAGACAUGCAGCAUGUACAGUAUGCAUGUUGUAGAGGAGGUUUUAUAACAUGUGCCUAACAAAACCUUACAUGUGUCUCCACGAAGGGAUUCACUGCUGCGGCGGCGAAGUAGAACA